AUGUUCAACAGAAAGGAUCGUCUUCAAAUAACCAAAAAACUUAAAAACAAAAGAAAUGGACAUCAACAAGGAGGAUAUAUUAAUUGGCGUUUUUUACAUAAAAAGAAACAACAAGAAAAGCAAGAGAAAACAAUUGAAGAACUUGAACAAAAAAUACAAAUAAAAGAACAACAACCUAAUUGUAGAAGAGCAAAUCAAAAGACUUGGUAUUCAUUAAAUGUAGCUUUGCCUGGUUCAAUUUUAAAUAAUGUCCAAACAAAAGAAUUAAGGGCUUAUAUUACUGGAGAGUUAGCCCGUAGUUUUGCUAUAUUUUGUGUUGAUGAAAUAAUUAUAUUUGAUGAGACAGCGAAAAUAAAACAAAAACAAAUUGAUGAAUAUAAAGAAGGAAAUUGGAGCGGACAAGACCCUAUUAAUUCAAAUAAUUGUGAAUGUAAUUUAUUUAUGGCAAAAGUUUUUGAAUAUUUGGAAUGCCCACAAUAUUUGAGAAAAAAUUUUUUUCCGAUUCACAAUUCUUUACAAUUUGCUGGUCUUUUAAAUCCACUAGAUUCAAUGCAUCAUUUAAGAGCAACAGAUAUUGAUUUACCUUAUAGAGAAGGAAUUGUUUUGGAAAAGAGUUCAAAAAAAGGACAAAAAUGCUUUGUUGGACUUGAAAGGGAUGUUACUUUAAUAAAUUGUGAACAAAAUCUAAUACCUCCAAAUACAAGAGUUACUUUAAAAAUAGAAGAGCCAGAAGGGUCUAAAAAACUGAAAGGCUACCUAACUAGUCCAAAACAAAUUCGAGAAGAAGCUGGAAUUUAUUGGGGAUAUUCUGUUAGAAUAGCAAAAUGUUUGUCAGAAGUUAUUAAUUCUUCUUAUGAUUUUGUUAUUGGAACAUCUGAAAGAGGAACUCCAAUUGAAGAAAUUAAUAUUCCAAAAAAGGAAGGAUGGUUAGUUUGUUUGCUGGAGAAAAAUAAAAUUUGAAAUAUUUUUUUAAUUUUACAGUCAAAUCUCACAUGUAAAUACACCAGGGUGUGCCGAAAGCGAUUUUAAAAGACUAAAGUCCAAAAACCGCGAAAAUCCGCGAAACUGGCACACUUCUGAAAUACACCCAAUAUGGUUUAGCCUCAAUUUAAGAUUUUUUAAAAAUUUUGUCGACUUCUAUUUAGUUAAAAGCCUUUUAAGUAACCAUUAUCCCCAAUCCCCAAAUUUCAUUUUUAAAUACAAUUUUUCAAUUUUAACGGUGUAUUUACAAGUUGAGCUUGAUUAUAAUAAUUUUAUAUAUAUUUUUAAUUUAGCAAAAUUCUGAUAGUUUUUGGUGGAUUAAAUGGAUUAGAAUCUGCCAUAGAAUCAGAUCCAAAUAUUAAUUUAAAUAAUCCAAAAGAUUAUUUUGAAAAUUAUAUUAA